CUCAUCAGGCUGCUCUGCCUGUUACACCAGCGUUAUUUGACCCCCCUGUCAGACAGCGGUGAGCAAAACACAUAGGAGAGGCGGGGCGACGAGGGAGAACUCUCUGCCAGGCAAUAAGACAUCUUCAGGAGCCUAACUUUGGGCUCACCAUGCUAGAUCAUCCAGAACUUGGUGCACUGCCUUGCCUUCCACCAGCCAGUUUGGUUUUUUCUUCGUUUCUGUAAGAGCUUACCCAGCUGACCCUCAGGGCCCUAUAAGGGGCAGAUCAGAUUAGAUCUUGCUAUUGUUAUUUUUUUUCAAUAGAUGGAAAGACUGAUCUAUAUUCAGAUCUGAUUUCAAAUGGAUAUAUCUCCAUGCUGUAUCAAAAUCGUGAUUUAGUUCCGUGGUUUUAAGUAGAAGACUUUAUGGUUAUCUGUGUAUAACAAAUUCACUCCGAUGUUUCACGUUCUUGACGCCCAGUGAUCGGCAAGCUCAUAUACUGGCGCGACGGCGCCUCUUCCGAUGCCGGUGAGGAUCGCGGCUGAGAUCCAGAUCUUCGCUGAACAUGAGCUGAAGCUCCUGCGCGAUCGGCGUUUCGUUACAGGCGCCUGGCUGCUCUGCUGCCGCUUUCUCGGUUCCUCACAGCCGCCUGCAGCCUCCCUCAUCAGCGGACGCGUAUUAAUCAACGACCUCUGGAUUUCCAGCGAAACCGGCAGCAAACAUGGAUGUGACUAACUCCUUCUUCUGAGCCCGUUCCUGCGUGCUGAGGAGGGGAGUCUGACAGUGCGCUCCCACACAGUCACCCGAAGCCUGGGCUCCAGAGGAGAGUGGGAUGGCUGGAGAGGAGCUGCUGCUGCUGUUUCUCCUGCUGGCCUGGGGAGGUGAUGCAGCCAAGAUGGGGAGCCCUCGCCAGCAGGAUGGAGCAGCCAAAGAUGUGGUGCUGGCUGUGAUUCUGCCGCGCAACAACACGUCAUACCCGUGGGCGUGGCCCCGCGUCGGCCCCGCGCUGGAGCGCGCCAUUGAUUGCAUCAACCGAGACCAGUCUCUGUUGCCGGGCUACCGGGUUCGGUACGUGUUCGAGAACAGCGAGAACGAUGAGGGCAUCUGCUCUGAGUCCAUCGCCCCGCUGCUGGCUGUUGACCUCAAGUUUACCCACAAUCCCUGGGCUUUCAUCGGACCGGGCUGCGACUACACCUCGUCACCGGUGGGCUACUUCACGUCGCACUGGGGCCUGCCCAUGGUGACGGCAGGGGCCCCUGCUGUGGGCUUCGACUUCAAGAUGUACCCGUCCAUCACCAACACGGGCCCCACACACCGGAAGCUCGGGGAGUUCGCCCUUCACAUGCACCACCACUUCGGCUGGCUCAGAAACGCCUUACUCAUGUUCGAUGACAACAACUUGGAUGACCGGCCCUGCUACUUUGCCGAGGAGGGCAUCUACAAGGAGCUGCUGGUGGACAAUAUCACCGCCGACAAUCUGGUGUUCAAUGAACACGAGCACAUUGACUACAAGAACCUCCUGGAUGGCAUCAAGCAGAGUGGCCGGGUGGUGUACGUGUGCUGCUCCUGGGAGACGUUCCGGCAGUUGAUGGUGCUCUUUUACAAGUCAGGCCUGCCCCGGGAGGAAUACGUCUUCUUCUACAUCGACGUGUUUGGCCGCAGCUUGGGCUCCCGGCCAGCCAAACCCUGGGCCAACGGGGGCGCGGAUGACUCCAUCGCUAAGACCGCCUUCCAGAACGUGAAGAUCCUGACCUACAAUGAGCCGCACAAUCCUGAGUACAAGGAGUUUGUGAGCAACCUGAAGGUGGAAGCCAAGAGGAUGUUCAACUUCACCGUGGAAGACUCACUGAUGAACCUGAUCUCCGGAGGUUUCUACGACGGUGUGAUGCUGUACGCCCAAGCCCUGAAUGAGACCAUGGCUGAGGAGCCAGGCAUCCCGGCAGGAAAGAACGUUACGAUGAGGAUGUGGAACCGCACUUACCACGGAGUAACCGGAUUGGUCCAGAUAGAUGAACACGGGGAUCGAGAAAUAGACUUUGCUCUCUGGGACAUGACUGACACAGAAACUGGUGCUUUCCAGAUCGUGUCUGUCUACAAUGGCACCAAGAAACAGAUGGUCUCCAUGCCCGGAAUGUCUUUGCAGUGGCCAGGGGGCGCCAUUCCCCUCGAUGUGCCAAUUUGCGGCUUCAAGAAUGACAACCCCGCAUGUCUUGCAAGAACCAUCACAAUGCACCAAAUGAUCCUUAUAGUGGUGUGCUUCAUCAUCAUUAUCAUCAUUACCAUCACUGUCUUCAUUUACAGGAAGCUGAAGCUGGAGAAUGAACUCACCGCACAGCUGUGGAGAAUCUUCUGGGAGGACAUUCAGAUGAGCAACUUGGAGAAGGCGCUACGCAGGGCAGGCAGCAAGCUCACUUUUUCGCUGAGAGGUUCCAACUACGGCUCACUGCUGACAGCAGAAGGCAAUUUCCAGGUGUUUGCUAAAACCGGCUACUUUAAGGGGAAUAUUGUGGCCAUCAAGUAUAUAAAUAAGAAGCGCAUUGAGCUUACCAGAAACGUGCUGUUUGAGCUGAAACACAUGAGGGAUGUUCAGAAUGAGCACCUGACUCGUUUCAUUGGUGCGUGCAUCGACCCCCCCAACAUCUGCAUCAUCGUCGAGUACUGCCCCCGCGGCAGCCUGCAGGACAUCAUGGAGAAUGAGAGUAUCACCCUGGACUGGAUGUUUCGAUACUCCCUCAUCAACGACAUCGUCAAGGGCAUGGCAUUCCUUCACAACAGCGUGAUCAUGGCCCAUGGCAACCUCAAGUCCUCCAACUGCGUAGUAGACAGUCGCUUCGUGCUGAAGAUCACCGAUUACGGGCUGGCGAGCUUCCGCAGUGAUCCUGACCGGGAUGAUGCACACGCCUAUUACGCUCGGAAGCUGUGGACGGCCCCAGAGUUGCUGCGUAAGGACUGCCCCCCUGCCAGCGGUACGCAGAAGGGUGACAUCUUCAGCUUUGGCAUCAUCCUGCAGGAGGUGGCACUGCGCAGGGGCGCCUUCUACCUGGAGGGAGACUCACUGAGCCCCAAAGAGAUCGUUGACCGCAUCGCCUUGGGCGAGUGGCCCUACUUGCGGCCCACGAUCUGUCUCCAGAGCCACAGCGAGGAGCUGGGUCAGCUGAUGCAGCGUUGCUGGGCAGAGGAGCCCACAGAGAGACCGGAGUUCAACCAGAUUAAGCUCUUCCUCUGCAAACAUAAAGGGAACAGCACCAACAUCUUGGACAAUCUGCUGUCCCGGAUGGAGCAGUAUGCUAACAAUCUGGAGGAGCUGGUGGAGGAUCGUACCCAGGCAUACCUGGAGGAGAAACGCAAAGCAGAAGCCCUGCUCUACCAGAUCCUUCCCCACUCUGUGGCGGAGCAGCUGAAGAGGGGGGAGACGGUGCAAGCCGAGGCUUUCGACUCCGUUACGAUCUACUUUAGCGACAUUGUGGGCUUCACCGCCAUCUCUGCUGAGAGCACCCCUAUGCAGGUGGUCACCCUGCUCAAUGACCUCUACACCUGCUUUGAUGCCAUCAUAGACAACUUUGACGUUUACAAGGUGGAGACGAUCGGUGAUGCCUACAUGGUGGUGUCAGGGCUGCCGGUGAGGAACGGGAAGCUUCACGCGCGGGAGAUUGCCCGCAUGUCCCUGGCGCUGCUGGAGGCCGUGCGCACCUUCAAGAUCCGCCACCGACCGGAGCAGCAGCUCAGGCUGAGGAGCGGAAUCCACACAGGCCCCGUGUGUGCUGGCGUGGUGGGACUGAAGAUGCCACGCUACUGCCUGUUUGGGGACACGGUUAACACCUCCUCCCGUAUGGAGUCCAACGGGGAAGCCUUAAAGAUCCACGUCUCCGCGGCAACAUGCGCCGUGCUGGAGGAGUUUAACUGCUUCCAGCUGGAGCUUCGCGGAGACGUGGAGAUGAAGGGCAAGGGCAAGAUGAGAACCUACUGGCUGCUUGGAGAAACGGACGACAAGAAGUGACGGGCGGAUGGAGUGAGCGAGACGGAUAGUCGAUGGACAGGGAGAGGCACUAAAGCCGAAGUUCUUCAGCUGACAGAUGCCUCCUCGCAAACCCCCCCCCCCCCCCCCCCCCCCCCACCACCACCAAAAAAUACUCCCAAGGUUCCAUCUCUCAAGACACAUCGAUCAGACUCGAUCCCAGCUAAAGGUUUCUGUGCUAUAAUGUAACAUCUGACCAAAGAGUCUCUUUGGCUCUUCAUUUUCUUUGAUGAAGUUCAGACGUACGUUAGCGACACAGUUCUGCUGUAGUAUGACCCAGCACUGCCUGGCCCAGACUUCAUGGAGUCAGAGGCAGAUUGGGUUUUUGAGAUGAAGGACUUUGCCACGUGACGACUGUGUGGCGUAACUAUGUUGUUCUUGCCCUUUAAUUUGUCAUUAGCCAUAGUGAAUUGGGUUGGUAAUAGUCAGAACAUCACAUGCUGAAUCUCCAAAUGGGGCUAAGGUCGUUUUAUUGUUUUGUAUAUCAGAGUGUAUACUUUGACAGAGUGUAUACUUUGUUUACAGCAGUACCACUUUCAUGUGUUAGUGACAGAUGGAUUUCCCUGUAUAAUUGUGACGUUCACUCUAUAGUACUAUUCUCAGUACAUAUUCUCAGUACUAUUCUCAGUACAUACGGAAUCAGUGUAGUCAAAGUAUGAAGCUUUUUCUAUGUUCAACUCAAUGGAGACCUUACACCAAGUCACUUAACUUGUUAUUGUAAUUGGUAAGACAAGCAUCCUAUCUGCAGACUUUACAGUACUAUUCUCAGUACGUAGGGAAUUGGCUUGUUUGAACUACGGAGUUCCUUAGCCUUGCAAACUUGUUUGUACUCUUGUGGACAUCACUGGAUGGGAAUCCGGCUUAACGACCUCUGUUAAUCACCCUCCACUCCACUGGAUACCUUUGGCAGUCGCUAUGAAAAGAUAACAGAGGGACGUAAGCGUCCUCUGCCAUGAAGGUCGUAGGCCAGUAGUCUGACGGUGCAUAGAGACAUCAUGGCGGUAAUGGAGACUUUCAAAGAGGGCUUCCAGCUCUACAAAGCAAAGAUGUGAAAGGCACAAGCGAUUGAUGUGUGCCUGUGGCAGGAUUCCUUUAAAUCAGAACCAGCAUUAAACUUCCUUCAAGAAGACAGUUGGAAACAACAACCAGAUACACAAUGGGCGAGAGGACAACUGCAUAUAUACCAAGGCGUCUGAAGCAUUUCAAAGGGACAUUGACUUAGUGCAUCCAUAAUUAAACCUCUGGGGACAUUAAAGUACAUUCUCUUCUUUGAGUUUUUUUUUUUAAGUAUCUCCGAGGUUUGCCAAGACAGCUUUCACAAUACCAAACAAUGAGAAAACAGCCUCUAAAUAAAGCAAGGUUUAAUAAGUAAAGGUUUAAAAAUCUGUGUUAGCUUGUGGGCAAAACAGAUUCAGGAAGAGGUUUGGUCAAGUCAUCAUACUCCGGGUGUGUUUACCCCCUGAAGAAGUCCCCUUCUUCGACUAGUCAGAUUUCAUUGUUGUCUUUUGUUCUUAAAAUGAAUAAAAUGUGAAAACUGUU